UUCGUCAAUCAUUAUUUUUCAACAGUUCCGAUCAUACGGUCAUGAACACGAUCUGAGUAACACAAUCACUGCGUCUUCGUAACGAUCGUAGAGCCUUAGAUAAUGGCAGGAGUAGCUCUGUUGUUAGAUCUUUUGAGGAAAAAUCCCUCUGUUUCGACCCAAACCCUGCAUUCUUAUGGCUUAUUCUCCGCAACUGUUGCUGCUUCUGCCGCCGCCGCUUCUGUUGCAGCUGGAAGACCUUUUGCUUCUAGGUUUUUGUUCGGUGAUGGAGGGAUAUCAGUUGCUUUUUCUGAUGCUGGUGCAGAAUGGGCUGAAGAUUACAUUUCUAAUUUACGAAGUGCUUCUGCAAAUAUCUUUCAGCAUGGUUCUAUCAAAUACAAUACCAAGGAAUACCCAAUAGAAUUGAAGCCUUUAUUCUCAGCUUUUGGACUGAGGUCUUUUGCAAUGACAUCCUUGAGGUCCUUCUUAAUGUUUUAUUUGCCUCUUUUGGAGCCACGUUCGAACAUAAACGAGGACGAUGAUGAUUUCUUACAGGACUCCUCAGAAGAGCAGCAUAUUGAUUUGGUUGUUCCCUUUAAAAAAUCCAUCAAGCAAAUAAUUCGUGAGACUACAGUUGUAACAACGAGGCGGUUGCUGGAAAGACUUGCUGUGCAUUAUGUGUCAGAGCGGAUGGCAUGGAAACUUCUGAAAGAUGCUCCAAAAUCUGCAAAGCGCAAGGCCGGAAGGGGGAUGCCUACUUUUGUUUACUUCUACAGCGUCAGUAGAACUACUUUUAGAGGUCACUUGCUGGGAGUCUUAGCAUCAUGGUUUGUCCAAGUUGGAAUUGAGAUAUACCGGUGCUUCUCUCGUAUUGCCAAUGAUGAAGAGGUUGAUCAGGUUGCUAAACGUGAACAAAUACGGGUUCUUGGGAAGAAAGUUUCAGGUGCAACUAUAAGGUGUGGGUCAGCCUUGGUCUUUGCUUCUAUUGGAGGUGGGAUUGGUGCCCUUUUCCAUCCUUCAGCAGGGCAAUGGAUUGGCUGUGCUAUUGGGGACUUUACAGGGCCCAUAAUUGUGACGUUUUGCUUGGAGAGGGCUUUUCACCUGGAGGUUUAGUAUCCAUGGGAUUUGCUUAACAUUUCUUAAUUUAUGCGCUGACUUGAAAUUAGGACCAGUGCACCUUUAUUGCGAUUUAGAUCUUCAAAACAGUUACUCGAAAGAUUUAACUGUUUGUCUGAAAGCAACUAUGGGACAGGUAUUUGGAGUAGAAAAGCCACUUCACACCUCUAAUAGGCUGUAGGCUGUAGGCUGAAGACUCAGUUUGGGAGUGGAAUUCCAAUUGCUUUUCUUACAGAUUUGUCUCACAAACUUGGUUGUAAGAAAUUUUGGACCUUGAAAAAUAAGUUGCUGAUAAACUGCCAGCAU